UGCGUUUCAUAUCUUUAAAGUUUAACUCACAUUGCAGAUUAAAGUUCAUGCAGUGAAUAACACAGCGCACAACCAGGAAGCAGGAUACAGACCAAUCCAUCCUGACUUGACAACUACCAUGGUACCACAUAAGAGGCUCAGUCUGUGGAAGAAGAUAUUGCUGGGAAUCCUCUGUUUUCCACUGCUCCCAGUCUACCUGUGCGUGUACUACCUGUGUCUUAAAAAUGAUCAAGAAGAAAAAGAUCCAGAGGGAAGUAAUGGAGACAUAGUUAAUAUAGAGGUUGAAACGCCCCCUGUCAAUCCAGAAAGACAGAAGAUAAAGGAAAAUCCGGCCUUGGAAAGCAAUAUCAUACAGAAGAAUGAGAAUAUUAUUCAGCCAAUGGGACAGCGGGAAACCAAACUCACCUCAACAUUUGCUUAUCCCUGGGACAGAAGUAACCUAAAAUCUCUGAAAAUAAAUGUAAACUCAUUUCAGAACUUGGACCUCCAUGCAGCAAAGAGGCAUUUCUUCCUUUCUUGCUUCUCUUCUCCACAUAAGCUGAAUGCCAAUGAUACCUUGGAGCAGCUAGUAAAAGAACUUGUGUGUGAUGCUAAGACAAGCCUGGAGAAAACCAGAGCUAUCUGGAUAUGGGUCUGUUAUCACAUAGAAUAUGACACACAAAUGCUGCGGACCAAAACCAUGAUAUCAUCUGACCCAGAUACUGUAUUGCGUACAAGAAAAGGAGUGUCUUCUGGAUACUGCUCACUGUUUGAGCAUAUGUGCAGCUUGGCCGGCAUUCAAUGCCAGUCAGUCAGUGGUUACUAUAAGGGACCAACAUACAAGCCUGGACAGCCAAUAUCAGAGGACAUGGAACAUACAUGGAACAUGGUAUAUUUGGAAGGAAGCUGGCACUUGCUGGACAGCACAUGGGGAGCUGGUCAUGUUGACGAGACCAUAAGCAAAUUUACCUCCCAGUACAAUGAGUUCUAUUUCCUGACCCAUCCUGCGCUCUUCAUUGGUGAUCACUACCCGGAACAAACAGAUUGUCAGUUACUGGAGCCGAAACUGUCUCGGAAGCAAUUUGAACAAAAUGUUCACCGCAGAAGCCACUUUUACACUGUAGGACUGAUUGCCUCUCAGCCAGGUGCAGCUAUUGUUCAAACAGGAACAGGAAAAAUCUCCAUUACCAUAGAAAGCCUGCACAACAUGCUAUUCAUCUUUAACCUAAAUGAAACUGAAGAUGCAGGUCUGUUAAUUCUGAUGGAGCAAAAAGCCAAGUUUGAUAUUUAUCCCACAAAGAUUGGGCAACAGAUUUUACAAAUUUAUGCAAAAAGACCCGAUAGAAAAGACGCAUACCAGCUGGUGGUGGAUUACAGAAUAGAUUGCAAAGCUGUUGACAGAACUAUGAAAGUUCCAAAGUGUCUUAGCAACCCUGCCGGUCCAAGCUGGCUAUCAGUGAAGUCUGGACUUCUUCAGCCCUCACACCAAGAUCCAGUCAUUACUACAACUGAUGGAUGCUGUACUCUUAGCUUUACCAUAGAUAAAGAUCUGAAACUCACAGCCAGCCUAAAAUCAGAUGAAGUCAGAACCAUUCAUAACUAUGUCAUGCAAAGACUGCAAGAAAAUAAAAUAUCUUUUAUUGUCCAUCUCCCACAAGCUGGUCAUUAUGUUUUCCAGAUAUUUGAUGGUACCAUUGGAUAUAUCUGCAACUACCUGAUAAUAUGUUCAAACCCCAAAGUAAAGUGGCCACCUUUCCCUGCUUUACUGCGUAACCCAGUUGGUCCAAACCCAGAGACAGAGAAAGUAGGUCUCCUCCAGCCUUCCCACCCAGACCCGGUUAUUCAUGCACAAGAUGGAUGUUGUACUAUCAGUUUCAAACUCAACAGGGAGCUAAAACUUAACAGCAGCCUGAAAUCUGAUAAAAUGCAGACAAUACCGAACCAGACUAUACAGACAGCUCAGAAGCAUAAAGUUGAGUUUAAGGUUCACCUUCCGCAGUGUGGGUCUUACGUUUUCCAAAUAUUUGGUGGUAAUAACAAUUUCAUCUGCAAUUAUCUAAUACAAUGUUCAAACCCCAAAGUCAAGUGGCCAUCAUUUCCAAGUCUGCUCCAUAACCCAGUUGGUCCAAACCCAGACACAGAAAAGGCUGGACUUCUACAGCCCACACAUCCAGAUCCAAUUAUCCAUACUGAGGAUGGAUGUUUCAGCAUUAACUUCACUACAGACCGAGUGGUAAACCUUAACGUUAGUUUAAAAUCUGAGGACAUACAGAUCAUGCCUAAUGUUAUGCAUGUUUUACAGAGUAUGCAAAAGCAUAAAUUAGAGCUUAGUGUUCGUCUGCCCAGGGCAGGCUCUUAUGUUCUCCAGAUAUUUGAUGGCUCCGCUGGCCACAUCUGCAACUAUCUAGUAACAUGCUCAAAUCCUAAGGUAAGAUGGCCACCCUUCCCUUCCAGCCUGCAUAACCCUGUUGGACCAAAUCCAGAGACAGAGAAGGCUGGACUUGUUCAGCCUUCACACCCUGAUCCUGUGAUCCAUACAGAGGAUGGAUGUUUUACUGUUAGCUUUGCACUGAUGCGGGACUUAAGCAUUUUCUCCACAUUACACUCUGACGAAAUACAAAUGACCCCAGAAAUGGAGCGCAGGCAUAUCUUCCAAACACAGACCGAAGGAAAUGUGCAAAUAAAGGUCCGUCUUCCCCAGCCAGGAACUUAUGUGUUACACGUGAACAUUAAACCCCAUAAGAGUAAUGUGUACAAACAUCAAUGUAACUAUCUCAUUACUUGUACCAAGGCCACUUUUAAAUGGCCAGUGUUUCCACUGCCCUACAGCGACUGGACGCAACAAUUUGAUCUGCUGCAGCCCCUAGAGGGAGUUCUACCAAUGAACAGCAACGUGUCCUUCAAGCUUCAGAUUCCUGAUGUAGCCGGAGUGUGUAUAAAGGGCAAAGAUUCCUUCCCUCUGAAUCUCAGUGAGAGCGGAUACUGGGAAGGUACAUGCAGUACAGUCGACUGCAAGUACAUGUAUGUUACUAUCACAUCUACAGAUGAGCCCAAAACUUGGAAGUAUAUUUUACAAUAUCAUAUAGGAGAAUAAUUCAUACAGAACAUGAAA